GCCGGGGAAGGGCCGGGAGGAGAGAAUGGGUGCUGAGGGCGCAUGCGCAGUCGCUCAUCCAUUCCCGCGAGCUGGUUCUUCCUGAAGGAAUCAAGGCGAAGCGGCGGGUGGAGGCAGUAGCUGAAAGACUAUGUCCACAAUGGUGUACCCUAGGGAAGAGAAAAUGGACAAACUAAGCCAAGAGGAGAUCAUUUCCAACACAAAACUGGUGAUGCAAGGGCUGGAGGCCCUGAAGAAUGAACACAAUUCGAUCUUGCAUAGCUUGCUGGAAACCAUUAAGUGUCUAAAGAAGGACGAGGAAGCCAACCUUGUACAUGAGAAAGCCAACCUGCUCCGCAAGUCAGUGGAGAUGAUUGAGCUGGGCCUUGGAGAGGCACAGGUGAUGAUGGCUCUCUCGAACCAUCUGAACGCAGUUGAAUCUGAGAAGCAAAAACUGAGGGCCCAAGUACGCCGGCUGUGCCAAGAGAACCAAUGGCUGCGGGACGAGCUGGCAAACACUCAGCAGAAGCUGCAACGCAGUGAGCAGACAGUGGCACAGCUUGAAGAGGAAAAGAAACAUCUGGAGUUCAUGAACCAGCUGAAGAAAUAUGAUGAUGACGUGUCUCCAUCGGAGGAAAAGGAAGGCGAUUCCACAAAGGACUCUUUGGAUGACUUGUUUCCAAAUGAGGAAGAGGAUCAGGGCCAAGGGUUGCCUCACCAACAUAGUAGUGCAGCUGCAGCUGCCCAGCAAGGUGGUUAUGAGAUUCCUGCACGCCUUCGCACUCUCCAUAACCUGGUGAUUCAGUAUGCCUCACAAGGACGCUAUGAAGUGGCUGUGCCUCUCUGCAAACAGGCACUAGAGGACUUGGAAAAGACAUCGGGCCAUGAUCAUCCUGAUGUGGCUACAAUGCUCAACAUCUUGGCCUUAGUAUAUAGGGAUCAGAACAAAUACAAGGAGGCAGCUCACCUGCUGAAUGAUGCACUGUCUAUUAGGGAAAAGACUCUUGGCAAGGACCAUCCUGCAGUUGCAGCAACCCUGAAUAACUUGGCUGUUCUCUAUGGCAAAAGGGGAAAAUACAAGGAGGCAGAACCAUUGUGCAAGCGAGCCCUGGAAAUCCGGGAAAAGGUUCUUGGUAAAGAUCACCCAGAUGUGGCCAAACAGUUAAAUAACUUGGCUUUGCUGUGCCAGAAUCAGGGCAAAUAUGAAGAAGUUGAAUAUUACUACCGCCGGGCACUGGAAAUCUACGAAUCCUGCCUAGGGCCUGAUGAUCCAAAUGUGGCCAAAACAAAGAACAAUCUGGCCUCUUGCUAUCUGAAACAAGGCAAAUACAAAGAUGCAGAGGUACUCUAUAAGGAAAUCCUCACCCGUGCCCAUGUGAAGGAAUUUGGCUCUGUGGAUGAUGAACACAAACCUAUAUGGAUGCAUGCUGAAGAAAGGGAGGAGAUGAGCAAGAGCAAACACCGAGAAAACACCCCCUAUGCAGAGUAUGGUGGCUGGUACAAAGCCUGCAAAGUCAGCAGCCCCACAGUGAACACCACCCUACGGAAUCUGGGUGCACUGUACAGGCGUCAGGGCAAACUGGAGGCUGCCGAAACCUUGGAAGAGUGUGCAUUACGGUCCAGGAGACAGGGUAUUGACCCCAUUAACCAAACCAAGGUGGUAGAGAUUCUGAAAGAAGGUGAUGGCUCUGAGAGGAGGAGGAGCCGGGAUAGCCUGGGGGGCAGUGUCAAAUACGAAAGUGCCACAGAUGGUAGCGAGGAAGUGAGUAUGGGCGUGGAAUGGAAUGGGGCUUAAAUGCCUCCUGAGACUUCCUUUCCCUCCCUCCCCUUCACCACAGUCCCUGCGAAGCUUGUGCCGCCCCUUCCAACUUUUCCCUCCAAGUCGUUCCCUCCUCCUUCCACUGAUCCUGCGCUCCUCCUCGGCAAGGACUCCCCCAGUCUUCCAUCACGAAGGAGCAGAGCAGCACCUGCAGAAGGACUGUCCGACUGGCUGCACCCGGCUCAGCUACCGCAUCAUCCGGCGAGAGCAGGAAGAGGCUCUACAGGGCUGCCUUUCCCGUCCCCACCCCACCCUUCCUUCAGGCAGGACUUCAGCAGGAUUCCUCAUGGCUUCCUCCUCCAUCUUCUUUCUUUUAUCUCAGUGGGGAAGCCUGACUGAAACAUUUCUGCAGUUAGAAAAAUGGGUUUCCUCUCCAUUCUGCGCUCUGCUCAUCUUGGAUACUGCACAUUCACAAUUGCCCAUCAUGCUUUCCUUUGUCUUCUGAUGUGCCCGGAUUUUGUCACCUCCCUUUGAGCUCUGUGUGCCCACCUUGUCCUCUCCCUCCCUUUUCCUUGGCUGCCAGGACAGAGGGUCCAAAGUUAGUGGUAGAUUGGGAUAUAUGACUUUCCGUACUCUGAUCUAACACUGCAAGGGUGGGUAGGUAUAAGUUGGCUGAGCUGUGCUCUUAUUUUACCUUCAACUAAUUCAGUCAGGCAUUUUGCUGCUGCUAUUCAAAAUUUAUAGUUGCCAACGUAUACAAAAGCGUAAUGGAAAUUUCUUUAUUCUCAUUUUCCUCCUAAAUGGGAUCCUGUUUGCCUGAGGCUAAAAGGACAGGGCACACAAUGUCAGGAAAAGAAGACUCAAAGGAUGUGGCAGGGACAAACAUAAGCCUGCUUUUUAACCUUCUUUCUAGGAACUUACUUCCAUCAAAACAAAGGCAUUUAGAGGUGGGUUGAGGCUAUCCUAGAGGGAUUUCUUCAUACCUUAUGCUAGACCCUGUGGUGAGACUUUGGUAUGAGCUAGCUCUACCUCCUGCUCUUCCCAAUGUCUGCGCUUUACAAGAAAGGCCUCUGUCUGCCUAUGAACUUGGGAAUGUUUUCUCACACAGUCCCUUUGUUGCAAGAAGAGAAGUAAUUUCAGACAAAGGUGGCUUACCUCUGCUUCACAGCCAUUUCUAUCAUGGGGUGGUGGAGGGGGGAGGGCGAUUGCAUAUUUACAUCUCUUAAUUUAUUAUGACGAGUGUACAUUUUUACACAUGCUGUUAUUUAACACUGGGAAUUGCUGAGGUCCCAGCCAAAUGCCACAAAACAGACACACAGGAAGUGGGUGUGCUUAAUUGGCAAUGUAGCAACAAUAGCUGCUGCUUAUUUAGAAGAAUGGCAAGCUACUGGAAGAGGACGGCAACUGUAAGUCCUCUAAGCAAAGGCUCUUGUUUGAAAGAGAGCAAGGACAGUGACGGGGUUGUAAUAGAAAGCUCCAGUUUUAAAGGAUAAAGUUAUUGAGCCUCUAGAACAAGUAUGGGCAAGCAUCAGCCCUCCGGGUGUUUUGGACUUCAACGCCCACAAUUCCUAACAGCCGGUAGGCUGUUAGGAAUUGUGGGAGUUGAAGUCCAAAGCACGUGGAGGGCCAAACUUCUCCCACACCUGCUCUAGAAGGUUUUCAAGGAGAGAGAAUGAAUCUUGGCUUGGAAUAUGCAAGUCUGUAGUAGAAGUGAGGUAGAUGUGUUAUGAGAUGUGCAGUGCAAUCUUUAUGUUUUCUUCAAAAUAAGUUCCAUUGCAUUCAGUGGGGUUUUCUGCCAGGUAUAUAAAACUGAAGUUGUAGUGGGAGCCUUGUCGAUGGAUGCAUGAGGACUUGGCUUUACAGUGAGCUGAAGCAGGGAUUUCUGGGCAGGGAAGGGGACAAAUAGUUGACUCCUCAGGAACUGGGGUGCAGCGUGUGCAUGAAGAAAUUUUCUUUCAAGGGUUAUGAAUUUGAAGUUAGAACAUAAAUAGGACACAUAGGAUUAAGACUUGUCAAGAAAGAGGGAGAAUAUUAAUGUACUGUUUAAAAGAGAGUUUGGUACAUUGCUUGUGUAGCAGAGUAGGAAAAACAGUUUGAGAGGUCUAGGUGUGUUUUGAAAAAACCUACCAACAUUGCAAAAAGCCAACAGAACCAGAGGCUGAGGGAUUCUGGGAUUCUGGGCGGUACAGUUUAACAUCAUGGAAAAGAGGAAGAUAAAUUUAGGCCCUUCCAAUUUUUUUACUUAUAGAUUCCAUAAUGAUGACGUGUGUUCUUUGCCUCUCCUCUCAGCUCGAGGUGGGGUAUCACAAAGAUAAAAUAAAUUGAUAAAAACACAAUACUAUUAAAACACAUGUAAAUCCACCUGAUGUGGCCAGUGGUAAAUGAUUGUGACAGCUGUAGUCCAAAAGAUCUGGAGGAUGAAAAGAUUUCUUCCUCUUGAUGUAGAAAAUCAUGGACCACAUGGGGAAAAACAAAUGUUGGAUUUUGGGGACUGAGCAACACUCCAUUCAUCAUUUACACUGGUAUUACAUAUAUAUAGCCCUUAUGUUUGUAACCUGGUGCUUUGAUCUUACUUCCAGAGAUGCAGGAUUGAGGCAAAGAUUCCCUUCAGCUCUCAUACCAAGCAUAGUUUGUGUGCCUGGUUUCAGUUUUUACAGUGUUCUUGUGGGAUUAGUGAGUUUAAAAAGGAAAAGAAGAAGAAAAAAAAUACUAGAUAUGUUGGUAAAUUAGAAUUAGGACUCAGUAUUAGAUAGGAUGUGUCCACUCGUUUGCUCUUGGUGCCUGAAACUAAAGACUGGUGGAAACUGGAACUGAGUAACUAGAAUAUUCCAUUGUCACCAUUUGCUAUCCUGGAGCUGUUGUCUAUAGAGAACAGGGUGCCAGGUUUGGAUGAUCCAGAGGCAGGGUUUUAAGACUGGGCAGUUUGAAGGCCCCGGGUCUCAGUGCCAGCUGUGGACCCUUUUUGAAAGCCCAAUUUAGGCUUUAGUGCAGCUUUUCGUUUCCUUUGGCUGCCUGCUUCAGCAAAAGGGGCUACUUAUGCAUGCUUUCAAACAAAGCAGCUGCUCUGAGAAGGGGAGAAAUGCAAAAAUCCAGAAGUGACCCAAAAUAGUUAUUUCUGAGAUCCAUCUAUCCACUGCUGAGGUUUUGCCCUACAACAAGAAAGCUGGUAUCUGACCAAGGAUGCUAUGAAAAAGCCUCUGUUGAUUGACUCUCAAGAGGCCCCUGGGCUUUCCCCUUCAAG